AUGGACUUCGUCUGCCAACGACUUGAGGGCCUUGCAAAGACACUGUCUCAGGCUACGGACGUUCUAAGCCGUGCUUCGUCCUCAUCGCGUCCGGACGGCAGACUGAGCGAGGAUCUGAUUCAGGCCGCCAAUGUUCUUCGGUCUUUUCCCGGUGGCUUGCCUCAAGGACCGUUACAGGAUGGUCAAUAUGGCCAUCUGGACACUCCAGCAACUGGCCAGCUCGCCUUCCGGGAUCCGGCCGCGGUUCGGGCUUACGACGAUGAGCCCUCCGACUAUAGUGAGCAGGACGGGUGCGUAGUUCCGGACGAAGAAGAGGAUGAUGUCCCGGAAGAUGGCGAAGAUGAGGAAGAAGAAGACACCCAAGACCAAGCGGGUGCUCUCGUUACAGACUCUUAUGGUCGUCUUCGCUUUGUGGGUGGAGCCACCAACAAGAUGCUCAUCGACGCCGCAAAAGCAGUUUCACCACUUACGCAGACACAUACGCCCGCUUCAGGCGUUGCCCACGAAACUGGAGAGACAACUCACAAUACCGACGUCGAACUGCCCUUGUUCAUCCGCGGCCGGGUCUGGCCCGAACUACCAUACCUCCCGAAGCCGGAGCAGCUGUCGAGACCACCGCAGUAUGUAUCUGACAUCCUCGUCGGUUUGUAUUUCGACAAGCUGCACUACACCUUUCCUGUCAUAUUCAAACCCCAUUUCAUGGAGAAGUACUCGAGGAUGCUACGGGGAGGUAGCACGCCAUCAGCGAGCCAGGACAAGGAGUUCCUGAUGGUUUUCUUCGCCGUCUGCGCGUGUGCGUCCGGUCUACUGCCCUCCACUUCGGAGCGGGGGUUCCCAGGUAUCGAGUACUAUGAAAAGGCACUGCUCCUUCAUUACGCCUCUCCGGGUCAAGCUUCGUGGGAGAAUGUGCAGUGUCUGGCCCUGCUGGCGAUGUGCGCGGCGAGUUGGAACACGCUCACUCGCAGCUGGAGCUUGGCUGGCCAGGCUGUCCGGUCCGCGAUGGACAUCGGCCUACAUCUUAGCAACCGAUAUAUGAAGGCCGCCGGCGCCAAGCGUGGCGCAUCUGAUGCCUCUGAAAGGCUUCGGCAGCAGGUUGCGCGCCGCACUUGGUGGAGCAUAUUCUGCAUGGAACGCGUUGUCUCGAUCUGUCUCGGUCGACCAAUGGCCGUUCAAGAGAGAGACUGCUCAUGCGAGCUGCCCCUAGAUCUCAGCGACGAGGACCUCGAGCGUCACUGCUCCUCCGGCCGAGCUGCGUUCGUGGCCACAGGCACGCCACAGCCGCUGACAGGGUUCCUUGCAUUUGCUCGCCUGUGCCAGCUCUCCGGCCGGAUACAGCAGCUUGGUUCUCCGCUGCGACUGCGCCGUCCCUCGACCCACUCCGCAGAGAAGACGAGGAGGUACCUGACACGAGUCCGCGCUCUCGACCAGUCCCUCCGAGGGUGGCUAGAGACUCUACCCGACACCGUGCGCUUCUCUGCCAACGAAGUCAACGGCGCUGCCGCGGGAGACUCGGGCCUCGUGAUGUGCGUCAUCAUUUUCAUCAUGCACGCCGGCUCGCUCUUGAACCUUUACCGGGAUCUUGUCUACUACCUAAAGCGUUUUGGCGGCAGCCAGUCCAGCGCCAGCACAGAGAUGGCGGACGCCACGGCACAGUGCAUGAGCGCAGCGAAGAGCUGUAUCAAUGCCGCCGAGCUCGUGCGCGACCUCGUCCCGCCUUCGCACUAUCUCGCCAUAUGUGUGCACUUCUUGACGCUAUCAGGCGUUGCUCUACUGCGUAUGUCAUCCAAGCACCUGGGGCCAGAAGUCAUCGACGACGCCGAGAAAUGCGCCGGGUAUCUCCAGAAUCUCGAGUUCCGUUGGUCAGGGGCUAGUCGUAGUCGGGCCAUCAUCGAACAUCUGAUAGCCGAAUGUCGGCUCCAACAACAGCAGCAAGCCAUCACUUCGGGCCAAGGAACAGUAACACCCGCGGAUCAGAGACCUGCAGCCAUGUCUAACAAACGUGUCUUUGCAGAGAUGGAUGGUGAGAACGGCUUCCAGAUGGAAGACAUCCUGUGGGGAGAUGUGUUGCCGUGGUUUGACGUCAAUGACCUAGGGGGUAACAGCUCAUCGUUUGUUCCUUGGAAUGGUUUCUAG